CUGAGUUGAGUAGAGCUCGUAUCUAAAUUCUGGAGAUGUUGACUAGCUACGAGUAUACCUGUCGGUCGGUUACAAUACCAGUUAACGAUGCGUGUCCCAAGAGAAAACGUGCAUUUUUGAUCGCAACAAACUUGCUCACUAAACAAUUGUUUAACAAUAAUAAUAAGAAUAAUAUUCAAUAAUAACGUCUGCAAUAUUAUUGUUAAUAAUAAUAUAGCGAUACUAAAUAAAUUAUUGUUUAAGAUUCGUUAACUCUAUAAAAUAUUUAAACAUAUUUACCUACCUAAAUAUUUUUCUCAUAAAACUUAUGUGAAAGCGGGCGUUCAAGUAUGAGUCAUCGUUAGCAUCAUCAAAACAAGUUAAUAUAUUUUGUCGCAAAUUAAAACAAACAAAAAAGUAUUUUAAACAAAUUAAAUAGUUUGAGUGAAAAACAUAAUAAUUUAUUCUAAGAUAUGAAUGGUGCCUUAAGUGUCGCAGUUAUCCUGAUGCCAGCCAUACACGGAUCGUUAUCCUUAGAACUGGCUCAGGUUUGUAAAAAUGAAAAAGUAUGCUCUUCAGAAGAGUAUUGCUCUCCGUUUAGUGAACGGUGUGAAAAUUGUGAAGGAAUUUGCGAUACAACUUCCCAUAAUUACCACGAAAGUGACUGCAAUAAAUAUUGUGCAGGAUACAACAAAGAUGAUAACCUACCUGCGCAGGUUCGUGCAAUGAAGGAACAACAAGAUGUUAUCUUUAUUAUCCUUAUUAUUCUUUUGAUUAUUGUGAUAUUUUCAAAUGGAAUCAAAAUCAUCCGAUGGCUUAGAAGAAGACAAAGUAUUAGAAAAUUUCUUAAAAAAAUAACAUCGAAAAAAGAAAAAAAUUCAAAAGAGCAAAAUGCCGGAACCAUAGCCAAUGUCAUGAAUAUGCACGAACCAGAAAGGCCACCUUCUCAAAUCUUUAGCGUGACAGGAAUGGAAGGAUCAACAGUACUUACAGUUACAACUCCAGUCAGCACACGUUAUCCUGCUGAAGACAGCACAACGACUACUGAAUACUCUUACGACAAUGCUGGACUGCAGGUUACGCCUUCAUCGAAUAAAACUCAUCCUUUCCCACAAAAUUCAUAUUAGUUUCGAAAUUAAUUUAUUUCAAAACCAAUAAUUCGUCCAUUGACAGUGAUAUAUUAUUACAUAUGUAUUUUUUUUUGUAAAAUAACAUUACCUUUUUAAAAAAAACAA